AUGCAGCAAAAGCAGAUGUUGAGUCUAUCCGUGCUCAACACUGAUCAAGUAUUGGGCCUUGCCAAAGUUCUGCGUCAACCUGGCAAAACGCCGUGUGAAUUCUGCACGGCAAACCUGGUCUUCGCACCAACAAAUUCAAACGCGGAAGUUACAGUAAAUCAAAGGCCUUCGAAGUCUGUCUCCCCGGGAAAGAACCUGCAAAUACCUUGUACCAUGUCUGGCGCCAGUUUAGGGAGUGCACCAGCUUCCUGGUACUGGCAGGUUUCUGGAAACACUCCCCUUCUUGUCUACUACUAUUCCGGCAGCAUUUACAGAGCCUCGGGAAUACCAGACCGUUCCUCUCUCUCAGUGUCAGGCAACAUUGCGACAUUCACGAUAUCGAACGUUCAAUCAGAGGACGCUGCGGACUAUUACUGUGCCACAAAAGGAAGAACUUAUAAAAAAGGGAAAGAAGACGUAUCUAAUCCACGGGCCCCCGCCGUGUCCGUUCUUCCGCCUUCAGCGAAUGAAAUCGCUGCAAAAGGUACCGCCACCCUGGUGUGGUUGGUGAACGGGUUUAAUCCGGGCCCUGUAGACAUUGAGUGGACUGUGGACGGCAGUGAAACAAGGAAUGGCGUUGAGACCAGCCCGAUCCAGCAGAACAUGGAAAACACGUUCAGUGCGAGCGGUUACCUGACUCUGCCAGCCUUAUACUGGAACUCACACGAACUUUACUCCUGUAUGGUUGAACACGAAUCUCAGGCAAACCCACUUCAAUCAAGCAUCGCAAGAUCCAGCUGUAUCUGA